GUUCAAUGCGACUUAACUUCGAGUGUAAUCAUCUCUCUCUCUCUCUCUCUCUCUCUCUCUCCACUCUCUCGAUCUGUGAUUGCGAAUGCAAGUUUUUCACCAAAUCGAACUUUCCACAGAAACUCAUAACCAAUCCCCACCAUUUCCAGCUUCUUCUUCUUCCGACCCUUAAUCAACGUUCCAUCUCUGUCCUAAAAUCAACUUGUCGGAACUCGCAAGUUCCUGUCUUUUUUUUUUCUCCCCUUUUACUUUCGACCAAAGACUCCUUCUUCUUCAGUUAAUGUCAAAAUGAAAACGCUAAAUCUCCUUCCUUUGAUCUUCUUCUCCUCUCUUUACUCCUCUUCCCAACUAACACUCGCUGCCUUCUCGGAGUUAGGUUACUCAACUGUCUACUCCGAAUCUACACCGGCAUCUUCAUUCAACAGCGAGUACGAACCCUCACUCUCCCCGAAGAUCAGCUACGAUCGUCUCACCGACGUACGAAGAAACUGCAAAUCAGUCUUAUCCUCAGCCUCCGACCUAAACAUCGAUCCAAUCUCCAGAGAUCUCCGCAAAGCCAAGAAAAGCCUCUCCUUCCGUAACGGCGACUGGUCACAACUCCCCGCCGGCGGCGACUCUCCGAUCCUCCCCUUCGACAAGACCAACAUCACCUCAACAAAGCCUCUGAAUCUCGUCUCCUUCCGCAUCACAGAUCUAGAUCUCCCGCACCGAACCAAGAGAUACGUCGGCGUCAACGGCGUCCUCCUCUUAGCGAUCACGGCGUUCGACGACCUAAGAGGAGGAGGAGGAGGAGGUCGCGAGUUCGAGCUCUGGCCGAGUCAUACUCAGCUUAAAAUCAAUUUCCAAGGGGUUUAUGUUGAGAAUGAUAACGAUCAAGAACGUGUCUUGUGUAUGCUCGGCGAGACGAUGCUUCCUUCUCGCGAUAACAACGAGUCUCCUUCCGAUCCGUGGAGAUGGGUUAAAGAACACGACACGCCUCCCCUUCUCCAAGACGAUCAGAUCAGACUCAUUCUCCGUUACCCUAAAACCUUCACAUUAACCAAACGGGCGAUACAAGGAGAUCUCAAGAGCCUUAACGAGAAACCAAAUCUAAAGUACUUCGACAGAAUCAGUAUCUCUUCUCAGUUGAGUAAGUCAGUUCAAUACAGUUUCCUCGCGGACGAGUUGGUAUCAAACGCUUGUGAAAACGUUAGUAGUACUAUUAGUGGGAUUGAUGUCUAUAAAGGGAAAGGUUUCUGUAACCUUCUUCAAAGAGUUGUUUCUCAGACUCCUCUCACCGUCCUACCUAACUGGAAAUGCAACGGUACCGAUGCGUUCUGCAGGAAGCUAGGUCCGUUCGCGUCUGACGGAGACGUUAAUUCCACAGACGGUAGCUUUAGAGACGUGAACCUUUAUAUGCAAAAUGUACAUUGUCUAGAAGAUGACGCUGCUGUGACGAAAGUCUCUGCUGUGUUCCGUGCGGUUCGUCCUAGUGAGAAUCUUUACCUCUCGGGGAGGAGAUCAGCGCUUGAUAACAUGACGGUUACAGCCGAAGGGGUUUGGAAACAGUCGAGCGGGGAGUUGUGUAUGGUUGCUUGCAGGCGUGGUGAAGUAGAUUUAUGCAAUGCUCGUGUGUGUUUGUAUAUUCCUACAACGUUUUCGAUACGGCAGAGGAGUAUACUCGUUGGGACGUUCUCUUGUCUCAACACCGAGAAGAAUCUGACUCCUUCUUUCUCUCCUCUGUCGUUUGAGAAGCUUGUUGAGCCUAUGGAUAUGCAGAACUACUUCCAGUCUUCUUCUUCUCAGCAUCCGUUUUAUCGCUACUCGAAAACUGAUGAAGCUGGGGGUAUUCUCGAGAGGAACCAGGAGUUCUCUUUCGGAACGAUAAUCAAGAAGUCGGUGAUGAAGUUCCCCAAGCUGGAAGACUCUGAGGAUUCUCUUUCCAGCUUGUCUCUUCUAGCUGAGGAUUUGACUUUCCACACACCUGCUUUCACCGAGAAGAAGACGUCAGUGACCAACUUGGGGAUGGAUGUUCUUUCGCUCGGUCCUUUGUUCGGUCUCUUCUGGCGUUCUUCUAAUGAAUCCAUUGAGGAACAGAGUGGUAGUAGUGUUCCUUACAAGACAAAAGAUCAGUACACUGAGAAGCAGCUUCUUCUGAAUGUUUCAGCUCAAAUCUCACUAACGGGGGAAAGUUUUGGUAACGUUUCUAAGAUCUACUUGGAAGGUCUCUACGACGAGCAUACGGGAAGAAUGUAUCUAGUGGGAUGCAGAGACGUGAGAGCCUCGUGGGAAGUCUUGUCAGCGAGCGGCGAUCUUGAAUCCGGGCUAGAUUGUUUGGUAGACGUUGUGGUUUCUUACCCUCCCAUCAAGGCAAGAUGGUUAGCUGAUCCAACGGCUAAGGUUUCCAUAUCCAGCAAAAGACCUGACGAUGAUCCUCUCUAUUUCAAACCGUUGAAGCUCAAGACAACACCUAUCUUUUACAGAAGACAGCGUGAGGACAUUCUCUCACGCGCUGGCGUUGAAGGGAUCCUCAGAGUUCUCACUUUGACCUUCUCUAUUGGUUGCAUUGCUAGCCAGCUGUUUUACGUUAGAACGAAUGUAGAUUCGGUUCCUUUCGUUUCGCUUGUGAUGCUUGGAGUUCAAGCUCUUGGUUACAGCUUGCCGUUGAUCACUGGCGCAGAAGCUCUGUUUAAAAGGAAAGCAGCUUCACCAACGGCUUAUGAAACACCUUCUUAUGAUCUACAGAAGAGUCAGUGGUUUAAUGUGAUUGAUUACACUGUGAAGCUUCUCGUGAUGGUUUGCUUUCUACUAACUCUAAGGCUUUGUCAGAAAGUGUGGAAGUCACGUGUCAGAUUAGUCACUAGAACAACACCUCAAGAACCGCAUAAAGUUCCUAGUGAUCGCCGUGUGCUUCUCGUUUCAUUGUUCUUACACGCGCUAGGUUACAUACUUGCUUUGGUUCUUCAUCCAGCGAGGACAGAGAGGUUUACUCAAGUGUAUGGAGCUGCUGUUGGUACAAACUGGUGGCAAACAGAAACAGAGGAGUACAUUGGUUUGGUUCAAGACUUCUUCUUGCUCCCUCAGGUUAUUGCUAACUUUGUCUGGCAGAUUGAUUCAAAGCAGCAGCCGCUAAGGAAGCUGUAUUACUUGGGGAUCACGCUAGUGAGGCUUUUCCCUCACGUCUAUGACUACCUCGUUGGCUCUGUUCCUGACCCUUACUUCAUUGGAGAGGAACACGAGUUUGUUAAUCCGAAUCUCGAUUUCUUCUCCAAGUUUGGGGAUGUAGCUAUACCGGUUACCGCGGUUCUGCUUGCGGUUAUUGUGUUUGUUCAGCAGAGAUGGGACUAUGACAAGCUUUCUCAAGCUUUAAGCUUUGGUCGGUUUAGGAUUCUACCUUCUCGCUCUGUUAAGUACGAGAGAGUUAUGUCUGAAUCAGAGAUGGUUUCUGGAGUUUGUGCCAAUGGAAACCACAGUGAUAAUGAAGAAUGAUUUGUUUCUUGAUGUUGUUGUGCUAAUAUUAAUGUCUUGAUACCACGUAACUAUAUACUCUCUCCGUUUCAAAAUAUAAGAUGUUUGAAAGGAGUUUUGUUGUUUCAAUAUGUAAAUGUUUUCAUAUUUUUACACAAUUUUAACUUUACUAGAAACCAUGUUAUUAAUUUUAUUAUAUAGUCUAUUUUGCAA